GCGGAAACCGAGUGGGAUGCUGUCGCGACGGAACAGCCACGUGCAACCGGCGGCGCCGAUGCCGAGCAUGUCGCGCCGCAAUAGCAUCAUGACCCCGCCGACCCCAGGACGAAAGAAGCGGCCGCCGGUGCCGUCGGCGGAAGCGACGACGACGUUGCCGUUGCUCGACACGGCGACGCGCGCCGAAACAGCACCGAUGGGCACCAGCCACACGAAUGCUUGGCCGUCGCCACGCCACGACAUGGAGUCCAAAAGCGACAACAAGACGGGUAUCCUAAGCCUCGAGAAGAGCCUCGAGCUCUUGGACAAGAUUCUCAUCGAUGGUGGGCCGCCGCCAUCGGGUGGUCUCCGGCCGUCGGCGCCAUCAACAGCGACACUCGCGCCACCGCCGACGGCCAGACUCGAGGCCGAGAGUCCGGCCCGGCGUGGACCGUCACCCUACGUGUCGUUCACCAACCCGCAGCGCGAAGACCUGUACGAAACGAUCGCGAUGCUCAAGCAGGAACUUGCCAACGAGCGCGCCGCCCGGCGCUUCGACACGGCGCCGAGUACGUACACGGACGCGGGGGACGAGUACUUUGCGGCCCUUGGGCGCAACGCCGAACUGCACGUUCGGGCGCGGAAGCUCGAGUCGGCGGCGCAGCUCAUGAAAACGGACCUCGAGGUGACCAAGGCGGAGCAAAAGCGAGCGCUCGACUCGGUGAACUUGCGGGAAGAAAAGCUGCGCAAUCUCAUCAAGAAGAACAAGUGCUUGAUGACAGAGUACGAAGUGCUCAAGGACCAGUAUGUCGAAACCAAAGUCAAGAGCGUUGAAGUCCACCGCACGAUGCAACUCGAGCAAAAAAAGAUGGAGCUCGCAGCCCACGAGAUGCUUCAGGAGAAGCUUCAGCUGCAACACGAAGUGGCGGUGGUCCGCACCGAGCUCAAAGAGCUGCAAAAAACGUCGGUGGCCGAGAAAGCAGCACUACAGACAACGCUCAACGACGCUCAAACCGAGCGCGACCGCCUCGUGCUGUGCCUGGCCGAGACGCGCCACCAUUUCAAGCAGUGGAAAGACCGCGAGUGCAAACUUGUGGCCGCUGCGCGAAACGAUGCCCGGGACCUUGCGCACGCCGAGGCGUCGGUGCGCAUCGAGCGGUGCCACGACGAGAUUCGACUGCUCCGCGACAAAGUGAACCAGGUCGAGCAAACCAACCAGGUGCUCCGAAAGGAGCCGGGACUGUCGCCGAUGGAGCUUGCGUACCGGAAGCAACAGUUGCAUGCGGACAUGACGACGCAACACGCCGACCUCAUUGCUCUACAGAGUCGUGUGCAGGAGCUGGAGCAAAUGCUAGCGCUUUCCAAGGCCCAGCAAGAAUACCAAGGCGGGAUGCUCACUGCCGCCCAAGAAGCGGUGUCUCAAGUGCUCCACGCGCGCGAAGUCUCGGCGCUCGAACAACUCUCCUACAUGAACCCACCGCGGACACCAAAGCCUCCUACGCCGUCGUCCGACGGCACCGAGUCGUUGCUUCCACCAGAGACUUGGAUGGCGCCAUCGACACCACCGGUGGGUGUCGAGAAGCCCCGGGCGCCACCGGCUACCGCACCGUCGCCACGCGUCCAGACGCAGCGGCGAAAAGGGUCGUACAAAGAAUCAACACCCGGCCUGAAGCGCCCGACGCUACCGCCCCAAACCGAAGCCAACGCAACUGUCGCGUCGUGGAAGCUGGAGGUUCGCAGCCUCACGGAGCAAGUCGACGAGUACAAGACGAUGGUUGUCGCGCUCUCGCAUGAAAUCGAAAAGCUCAAGGUCGAGCGCAAGCGGCUCACGGCGCAAAAACAGUCGGAAACCGAGCGCAAGUACGAGGCCGCGCUCACCGAGCUCCGGGCGCAGCUCGAGACGAGUCGCGCGACCGAGACGCAGGUCCGCGAGCUUUUGGUGUCCAUGCAAACGACGCAAGAGGUCAAGUCGGCGCGCACGAUUCAAAUGCACUUGCGGAUGCUCCUCGCCAAAGCGACGCUCAAGAGCAAACUCAAAGCAACGCGCGCGAUCCAAGCCUGCUACAAGGGCCACAAGCUCCGCCAGACGACAAAUCUACAAAAGACGACGUUCGAGGCAAGUCGGGACCGCCUGCAUGGCACCGGCAACGCUCCCGUUGUAUCGACGCCCGACAUGGACUUGUACAUAUCCGUGCUCUCGAUGCCACCGUGCGUCAAAAUUCAAGUCUGGUCCAGCGACAUCGUGUACGCCAAGUACAUUCCAGUGCGGCUCUUGGGACUCUACGUGGCGCACGGCGUUACCUGGGCACGCAACGACAUCCCUCGGCUCCAGAAGGCACUCGCGGCGCAAGUUUCGCUCGUGCCAGACGAGGACGACGCGCAGCAAAUCCACGUGGCGGAGCUACAGCGCGUCCACGGCCAACCAGUGACCCACGUCAAAGCGAUUACAAAGAUCCAGUCGCGCGCCAAAGGCUACUUGACGCGCAAGACACUCCAGCAAACGCUCAUCGAGCAGGUGGAUACGGUGCGCCGGGUCCAAGCGCUUGUGCGCGGCUUCCUCGCGCGCCGUCAAUGUGCAGCGCAGCAGCGCGCGCUCGUUGCGAUCCAAGCCGCGGCUCGCGGGUACUUUGCUCGGCGAUCCGUGCGCCUGCAGCACCAAGCCAUUGAGAAGAUUCAAGCCAUUACCAAAGGCAUGCUCACGCGACAGGAGCUGGAGAAACAGCGCGCCUCGGCAAUCGUGCUGCAGAAGCAAGCCAAGGGCUUUAUCGUCCGCCAGUCGCUGGAGCGCCGCCGCACUGCAGCCGUGGCCAUCCAGACACACACACGCGGUCACCUGAAGAAGAAAGCGUACAAAUCUUACCGCGUUCGAACAAAGGCGGCGACAGCUAUUCAAGCCAGGGCCAAGGGAUUUCUGACGCGGCGAAACUUGGACACGACCCAAGACGCUGUGGCCACCAUCCAGCGCCACGCGCGCGGCUUUGCAGUUCGGCAGCAGCUACGCACUCGACAAGCGAGCGCUGUCGUCAUCCAGAGCCGCGUGCGCAGGCUUCUCGCCAAACAGUCGUACGCGGCGGCGAUCGAUGCCGUCGCCACGAUCCAAGCGGGUGUCCGUGGCUUUGGCGCGCGAAGACACAUCGCGUUCCGGCCAGUACCAAUCUACCCCUCGUUCAACGACGAUGCUGAAGACGAGCAUCGUUGGGCGGUUUCGUGGAACAAGCGCAAGUCGGUGGCGUUCCGAAUACGCUGCGUCGACGCCCCGAAAUGCAUCAAGAUUGAGGCUGUGCUCGACGGUAUCAUCUACAGCGCGUUCGUCAAGUACCCGCGUGUCCAUUGCUACGUCGACGACGCCGCUGCCGGCACAACGACCCACACCGAAGUCAGUGCACAAGCCACCGCGCCCGGUGCCACGCGCAGCAGCGGCAGUGCCACCUAA